CCACCAUAGCCAACACCACCACACAUCCAACCAGCUCUCCCCCACCGAACCAAAACACAGCAACAACACCAACAACACCACCAAAAUGGCAACCCACAUCCCCCCAACCCUCUCCCCCGACGCAAUCGACACCCUAACCGAACUAACCCUCAUCCUCACCAAAUUCCGCGCCGCCCAAGCCUCCGCCCGCUCCGACGCCGCCGCCGCCACCGCCGCCGGCGCCGUCGGUCCCUCCUUAUCCUCCUCCUCCACCAACCCCUCCCACGGCGGCCCCAACUCUUCCUCCAACGCUCCCAUCAGCACCCCCGCCCCAGGCGCAGUAACAGGCACCACUCCCCUCCCCAUCCCUACUACCUCCAACCCAAACGCAACGACAGCAGGAUCGUUCAGCGCCAAGGACCUCCCCCAAGCAACGGAUAACCUCAAGCAUAAACUCCAACGGGCGCGACAAGCGGUUUUGACGCUGCCGGAUAUUGGGAGGACGAUCACGCAGCAGGAGAAGGAGAUC